UUUUGGCAUCCGCAACUCCAAUGGAGCACUGAGCCUGGAGUUGCGCGCUGUGUCGUGGGAUACAGCGGAGGAAACGAGCCUGAUCCGACAUACCAAACGAUUAAGGACCAUACGGAAGCUGUGCUGAUCGAGUACAACCCCGACAUGAUCUCGUACGAAAAAAUUCUCAAACUGGCAAAAGCGGACUACCCAUACUCGCCGCAAAAGCGUCAAUACCGUUCAGGUGUUUUUUACUUGACCGAAGAGCAGGCAAAGUCGGCCAAGGAAUUCGUUGGCAAAUUAAGCGCUAAACACUCCGGUGAACGCAAGCUCUACGUUGACAUUGAGCCUGUGACAAAGUUUUACCGCGGUGAAGAAUACCACCAGUUCUUUUUGGAGAAGCAAACCAGCAACAGGGGUCUUCAAAUGUUCUAG